CAGAUCUGCAUCUUGAGCCCACUACAUCAGGAAAUUUAUUGAAACGCUGUCGUUUCGCUUCUGCAUUUCUUCUUAUUUCUCUUGAGGCGUCAGAUCUGCUUCUGCUGUUUUUCUCGGAGUACAUCAGGAAAGGAAAUGGGUACAAACUCUCUUGCUUUUUUCUUCAACCGUUAUUGUCAUGUAAAAAGGGUUUCUUUCCAUACUCCAAUUUAUUAUUAUUAUUGUCGUGGUUUCAGUGGUAGAGAUAUUGUGGAAAGCCCCAAUCAGUUCUUGAAAUCUGUGAGAGAUCGAUGCAGAUCUCGAAGCUUAAGGAAUCUUGAUGAUGCCUUGGGCUUGUUUGAUAGAAUGCUUCCCAUGCACCCUUUGCCUUCCCUUGUGGAUUUUAAUCAAUUGCUGACUGCAAUUGCAAGAAUGAAGCAUCACUCAACCGUGAUUUCUCUGAUUAAAGAAAUGGAACUGUCAGGAAUUACUCCCGAUGUAUAUACUAUGGGCAUUCUGAUUAAUUGCUUCUGCCAUUUGAAUCAGUUGGAUUUCGGCUUCUCUAUCUUAGCUAGAAUUUUGAAACUUGGUUUUCAACCAGACUGUAUAAUUCUUAGUACUCUUGUCAAGGGGCUCUGUCUUCAAGGUAACAUUACUGAAGCUGUGAAGCUGGUUAACAAAAUGGAGAAAAUAGGCUAUAACCCUGAUACAAUUACUUAUGGAACAUUAAUGAACGGUUUGUGUAAAAUAGGUGAGACCAGGGUGGCUAUUACGUUGUUAAGAAAGAUGGAUGAAGGAAAUCUUGAACUUAAUGUAGUGAUGUAUAACAUAAUAAUUGAUAGUUUAUGUAAGGACAGAUCGGUAACUGAAGCUUUGACUUUUUUCUCCGAAAUGACGAAUAGAGGAAUUCAGCCAGACGUUUGCACUUACAAUUCUUUAAUUCACGGCCUAUGCAAUUUUGGCCGGUUGAAAGAAGUAACUAAACUAUUGAAUAAGAUGGUAGAAAGGAAAAUCAUGCCAGAUUUGCAUACAUUCAACAUAGUAGUGGACACACUUGGCAAAGAGGGGAUGUUGACGGAGGCUGAAGAAGUUUUUGAUGUGAUGAUUCAAAGAGGCAUAGAGCCUGAUACAAUCACUUACAAUUCUAUGAUUGACGGUUAUUGUUUGCAAAAUAGAAUGGAUGAAGCUGUUAAAACAUUUAAUACGAUGGUUCGAAAGGGUUGUUCGCCUUCUAUUGUUAGCUAUAACAUAUUGAUCCAUGGAUAUUGCAAAAAUAAAAGAAUUGAUGAGGCAAUGAGUCUCUUUCCUGAAAUGUCCACAAAGGGAAUUUUUCCCAAUGUUGUCACUUACAGUACUCUUAUCGGUGGGUUUUGCCGAGUUGGGAGACCUAAGAAUGCAUUAGAGCUACUCCAUGAGAUGCAACGUUAUGACCAACAUCCUGAUUGCCAAACUUAUGCUAUUUUGUUAGAUGGGUUGUGUAAGAGUCUACACUUUCCAGACGCAAUGGCAUUGUUUCAAGAGAUGGAAGACAAAAUUUUACACCAUGAUAUUGUGAUUUAUAACAUCUUGAUUGAUGGUAUGUGUAAUGCUAGGAAACUUUUGACUGCAAGAGAACUCUUUAAUACUCUUCCUACCAAAGAUUUGCAAGCUAAUGUUUGGACUUACAGUAUAAUGAUCAAAGGGCUUUGCAAAGAGGGACUAUUAAAGGAAGCGAGGGUGCUAUUUGAUCAAAUGGAGGAAAAUGGUUGUUCACCUAACCAUUUCACAUAUAACACAAUCAUCCAAGGCUUCUUGCAAUAUAAUGAGACAUUAUGGGUAGUGAAAUACCUCCAAAGGAUGGUUAACAAUGGUUUCUCAGCAAAUGCGACCACCACAAGCAUUUUGAUUGAUCUUUUGUCCACUAAACAGGCAGAUAAAACAUUACAAGAAUUCUUUCAAAAGUCUGUUGAGCUUUGCGAUGAUGAUGAGUUUAUCGUGUUAGCAUGUGAUGGCAUCUGGGAUUGCAUGUCAAGCCAGCAACUAGUAGAUUUUAUUCAUGAACAACUAAGCAUGGAAAGCAAGCUUUCUGUGGUGUGUGAGAGAGUACUUGAUAGGUGUUUGGCACCGUCAACAGCUGGUGGUGAGGGAUGUGACAACAUGACCAUGAUCUUGGUGCAGUUCAAGAAACCCACUGCGUCCGUUGAUGACCAAUCCUCACCGUCCAAACCAGCUGAUCAUCUUGAAUCAAAGCUGGAGGAAAACGGCGCAAAACAAAAAUCAGAUCUCUCCAUUCUCAGGCUUAGAACCCAGACCUCUCCAUCGUCGGAACCGGAACGUUUGUUUCCGGAGAUUGUGAAAGUUUCUCUUACAUUUCUUGAGCAUCAGAUCUGCUUCCUCUUCUGUUUAUUUCUCUUGAGCCAUUGCAUCAGAUCGGCUGAAAUGGGUACGACUGCUAAGCCUACAAAUUCUCUUGCUUUCUUCUUCAAUCAUUUGCGUAUGGAUCCUCGUUAUUCUCAUGCAAGGGUUUCUUUCCAUGCUCUAAAUUUUUAUUUUUAUUAUUAUUGUCGUAGUUUUAGUGCUACUUCUGCUAACGCUACCAAUUGUGGUAGAGAUAUUGUGGAAAGCCCCAAUCAGUUCUUGCAAUCUGUGAGAGAUCGAUGCAGAUCUCGAAGCUUAAGGAAUCUUGAUGAUGCCUUACCCCUGUUUCAUAGAAUGCUUCGCAUUUACCCUUUGCCUUCCCUCGUGGAUUUUAAUCAAUUGCUGGGUGCAAUUGCAAGAGCGAUGCAUCACUCAACUGUGAUUUAUCUGAUUAAAGAAAUGGAAAUGUCAGGAAUUGCUCCCGAUGCUUGUACUCUAAGGAUUCUGACUAAUUGCUUCUGUCAUUUGCGUCGGGUGGAUUUUGGCUUCUCUAUCUCAGCAAGAAUUUUGAAACUUGGUUUUCAACCGGAUUCUAUAAUUCUUAAUACUCUUGUCAAGGGGCUCUGUCUUCAGGGUAGAAUUGUUGAAGCUGUGAAGUUGGCAAACAAAAUGGAGAAGAUAGGCUAUAAACCUGAUGCAGUUACUUAUGGAACAUUAAUGAAUGGUUUGUGUAAAAUAAGUGCGACAAAUGUGGCUCUUGGGUUGCUUCAGAAGUUGGAAGAACGAAAUCUUGAACUUAAUGUAGUGAAGUAUAACAUAAUAAUUGAUAGUUUAUGUAAGAACAUAUCAGUAAUUGAGGCUUUGAAUUUUUUCUCCGAAAUGACAAAGAAAGGAAUUCAGCCAGACAUUUUCACUUACAAUUCUUUAAUUCAGGGCCUAUGCAAUUUCAACCGGUGGAAUGAGGUAACUAAACUAUUGAAUGAGAUGGUGCAACGAAAAAUCAUGCCAGAUGUGCGGACAUUCAACAUAUUGGUAGUCACACUUGGCAAAAAAAAGAUGUUGAAAGAGGAAAAAGAAGUUUUUGAUGUGAUGAUUCAGAGAAGCAUUGAGCCUGAUACAAUCACUUACACUUCUAUGAUUGGCUGUUAUUGUUUGCAAAAUAGAAUGGAUGAAGCAGUCAAAACAUUUAAUACGAUGGUUGAGAAGGGUUGUUCGCCUUCUAUUGUUAGCUAUAACAUAUUGAUUCAUGGAUAUUGUAAAAAGAGAAGAAUUGAAAAGGCGAUGAGUCUCUUUCGUGAAAUGUCCACAAAGGGAAUUUUUCCAGAUGUUGUCACUUACAAUACUCUUAUUGGUGGGUUUUGCCGAGUUGGGAGACCUAAGAAUGCAUUAGAGCUAUUCCAUGAGAUGCAAUGUUGUGGCCAACUUCCUGAUUGCCAAACUUAUGCUAUUUUGUUAGAUGGCUUGUGUAAGAAUCUACACUUUCAAGAGGCAAUGACAUUGUUUCAUGAGAUGGAAGACAAAAAGUUACACCUUGAUAUUGUGAUUUACAACAUCUUGAUUGAUGGUAUGUGUAAUGCUGGGAAGCUAACGACCGCAAGAGAACUUUUUAAUACUCUUCCUACCAAAGGUUUGCAACCUAAUGUUUGGACUUUCAAUAUAAUGAUCAAAGGGCUUUGCAAAGAGGGAUUACUAAAUGAAGCGAGGGAGCUAUUUGAGAAAAUGGAGGAAAAUGGUUGUUCACCUGACCAUGUCACAUAUAAACACAUUUAUCCAAGGCUUCUUGCAACAUAAUGAGACAUCAUGGACAAGGAAAUACCUCCAAAGGGUGGUUAACAACGGUUUCUUAGCAAAUGCGACCACUGCAACCAUUUUGAUUGACUUUUUGUCCACUAAACAGGCAGAUAAAACAUUACAAGAAUUCUUUCAAAAGUCUGUGUGAAAGCUUUCUAGUUCUUCAACCUACAUGACAAAAUUCAUAUUCCAACCUUUGAUGAGUCAAUCUGUAAGGAAUAAAUACCUAUUUGCUGCAAGUCAUUAAGAAACGUUGUACACAUCAUGGUCGAGUUUAAGAGCUGAGAGGCAUAUUGAGGACCGGACAAUCCAUUUAUUUUUGUAGGGAAACGAGUGCUGUAGUGUGAAAUCCUGCUGCAAGAAUUAGCUUUUUUUUGCUGCCGGAGUUUCUUCGAGGGAAUCCACAAAAGCAGUUCUUCCGGAAAUUACUUAGCAUUUGGUUCUUCA